UAAGAGGGCAAGUGGACCGCUGGUGUCUUGGGAGGGUGACCACUGGGAUGGGGACAAGAAGGACGGGGUACAGUCCCGGGUACUGAGUCUCCACACACACACUUCUUGGCGUGCCUUGCUGCACCUCGUCAACCUUUUAGUUGCGCGGUGUAGCCUGGACGCUCGAGCCUUGGGAUGGGGGAGGGGACUGAAGUAGGAUGAGGAACUAACACGUUGCCCGUCCAGAGGCAAGGCUUCCUCUGACCUCUCUGGGUCCAGUUCUUACUCCCUCUUCUCUCUCCUCCAGCGAACCUGGGCCAUGAGCGUCUCGGAUUCAACAGAUCGUCGUCGGUCAGACCCAGAGCAAGCCUCUCUUCCGGUCCAGAAAGACAGCCUUGACCACACUUUGCCAGCCCGGAGAACCCCUUCCUGGCCUCCGUCCGCGGACGAGGAUCCCAGUUUGCCCCCCUUUCCUCUGGGAGAGCCUGGCACCAGGCCAAUGGUCCCAGGGAGCCUUGCCUCUCCAUCUUUGCCCCUAGAGGAAGAAGAGGAGGAGGAAGAGGAUGAGGACGGAGAAGACACAGCAGAGCCCGAGGAACUGCGCAGCGAGGAGCAUCCCAGCCAGUUUUUCUCGGAGGCACAGCGGCUGCGGGAGCAGAGAUUGUUGCUGGAUGAAGAGGUGUCAGUAGGGGGGCGAGUAUACGGGGUGCAUCGGGUUAUCCUGGCCGCAGUCAGCAGCCUCUUCAGAGACAGGCUGCUGAACGGCAGAGGUCAGCAACCCCUCUUCAGCCUGGAAGUAACGCCCGGGGCCUGGGAGGCCGUGCUGACCUUUGCCUAUGAGGGAGUGCUGGGACCCGCCCCGCGGGGGGAUGUGCUGGUCGCGGCUGAAGCCCUGGGAGCGCCCCGGGUAAAGGCCGCAGCCCAGUGGGGACGCGAGGGAGCAGGAAGCGCCGGGGAAGAUGAAAAGCACCCCAGCCAGGCAGAGGAGCUGAGAGAGAACUUGCGCAGCAUCGAGCUCCUGUACCAAGAGGGCAUCGGAUGUGACCUGGAGCUGGAGGCAGGCAGCUGCCGGCUGCAGGUGCACCGAGCGGCCCUCGCCUGUGGCAGUGAGUUCUUUGGGGCCAUGCUCCUGAGUGGGAUGAGGGAAUCCCAGGGCACAGAGGUGUCUCUGCACACCAUCUCUGCCCAGGACCUGCGACUCCUCGUGUCUUAUGCCUACUCCGGGGUUGUGCGGGCAAGGUGGCCAGGACUGCUGAGAGCCGCCCAGGCUGCUCUGCAGUACCAGAGCUCUUCCUGCCUGGCCCUGUGCCAGAGAGCCUUGGCACGAGGCCUCAGCCCUGCCCGUUGCCUGACCCUGAUCCCCAUGGCUGAAGCCCCUGGGUUUGAGACGCUCUGGAGCAAAGCGCACCACUACCUCCUCACCCACCUGCCCGCUGUGGCUUUGUGUUCCACUUUCCCUUCUUUACCGGCUGCCUGCCUGGCUGAGCUCCUGGACAGCGAUGAGCUACAUUUGCAGGAGGAGUUCGAGGCCUUUGUGGCUGCACGGUGUUGGCUAGCUGCCAACCCUGAGAUCCAGGAGUCAGAUGCCAAGGCCCUACUUCGAUGUAUCCGCUUUGGCCGCAUGUCUACCAGGGAGCUACGGAGGGUACGGGCGGCUGGACUGCCUCCACCCCUGUCCCCGGACUUGCUCUAUCAGCUGAUGGUGGAGGCUGAGGUUCCAGGACAAGAGAGACGGAGGGAACCUGACCAGGCCCUGGUAGUGAUUGGCGGGGAUGGGCUCAGAUCAGACAUGGCCGUGAGACAGCCGUCCCGAGGAGUGUGGUGGGCCCGGGCCUUUCGCUGCGGCACAGGACUGGUUCGCACUGUGGACUGGGGGCGGCUGCCUGCCCUACCUGCCCCAGGGCGCUUCCGGCAUGGGGCUGUCAGCCUAGCAGGAAGUGAACUCUACGUGUGUGGGGGACAGGAUUUCUACACUAACUCUAACACCCUGGCUUCGACUCUCAGGUGGGACCCCAGUCAAGAGGAUUGGGAGGAGGUGGCACCUUUGUGCCAGGCUCGGAGCCUUUUCCCCUUGGUGGAACUGGAUGGACUGCUUUAUGCCCUGGGCGGACAAGACAAUGGUGUUGCCCUCAACUCUGUGGAGACUUACAACCCCUUGCUGCACUAUGACCCCAAACUUGAGAAGCCGGGGACACUUCUGAGCCCUAUGGGGGUACCUCGGGCUGGCCAUGUCAUGGCUGCUCUGGGUGGGCGGUUGUAUGUAGCGGGUGGGCUAGGUGAGACUGGGGACCUGCUGAGCGUGGAGGCCUAUGAACCAAGGACUGAUAGCUGGACUCACUUGACGUCCCUGCCUUCCCCCCACGUGGGGGCUGCAGGUGCUGUGGUGCAGGGGGAGCUACUGGUGCUGGGGGGCUACAGCCACCGUACUUAUGCCCCCUCCCACCUUAUCCAUGCCUACUGUCCUGGCCUGGGCCGAUGGCUCUGCCUGGGAACUCUGCCGAGGCCCCGGGCUGAGAUGCCUGCCUGCAUCCUGACGCUGCCCGCUGUGCAGCACAUAGCUUUGCUUCCCAUGCGGCACCAAACUAAACCUGCUGGGUGAAGUGGGAGCAUCGGUGGAUGCGGGGAGGAAGGGAUAAGAAACAUCAUGGAAGAAGGACAGAGAUGAUGCAGAGAAAGAGAAGGCCUUACUCAUGAUAGUAUUUUAUUCUAGCACAGUGCUUUACAACUCAUAAACUGCUUUUGUAUAUAUGAUCUUCAUUGAGGAAAAGGUUCCGGAAUUCCUGGAGAAAGAGCGUUGGGGAAGGGGAGGCAGCUGAAUACCUAGGUAAGGAGAGGAGACCCAGGGGCAAGUCUACAAGGUUUAGGGACCCUGGCACGAUUUUUGCUGGGCAAAGUGUGCUUUUCUGGGAAAACAGUGAAGAAGCAUCAGUAGCCAAGGUGUAGGGGCCAAGAGAGGACAGUUGGGACAAUGAUGAUUCUGACCAAUGGAUGAAGAAGAACGUGGAAAGGACAUCUGUAGAAGAGUCGAGGGGUGUGGGAGAAGGACUGUAGUUGUUGCUUCUCUUUACUCUCCAAUCCCUGAGAUACCCAAACACUCAUGACAAUGUUCUUUCUCAGGUAACCUGUAGACCCAGUCUAGCAUUCCCUCAGCCAGACACCACAGGCUGCCCCUAAAAGCCUCUUGGUUUCCAAUCUGAGGGGAAGUUCCGUCUGGAUCUGGCACAGUGCAGGGGCCCGAGAUGCAGGACAAUGAGGUGGGAGCACCGCCCAUGGGGAAGAUGAGGAGGGCAAAGAGGGAGGCGCCCAUGGUGGGAAGAGGA